GGCUGGCUGUUCGAUUGGAGCAUUCCCUUUAGCCCGGCUGAGCCUGUAUUGACUGACGACCACAACAACUGAUUGGAGGCAGAGGCGAAAAACUGGAUGGGAGUCGAGAAGGGCGCGGUAGAGUCGGCAGGGAAAGUUUUGGUUCGCUAUUUCGAUUGGAACCGGAGAAAAAAAGCAGCCGCCACAGCCGGACGGGCAGUACGUAAAUGACUCUCCUCGUCUAUGGACGCGCAACAUGUUUUCUGAGAUUCGGUGCGUGCUUUCGGUUGCGUCACGCCGCGUAUCACGCGGACAUCAGAUCGGUACCGAGAACGAGUUUUCUGGUCGCAUUACAUCGAUGAUGCAGUUGUGGUCGUCGGUCCCAUAGCCGUACGUUCGGUGAAGUGCUGGUCAACGUUCAGCAUCCAAGGGCGGAAGACGGUGCGCGGUCCUGCAGUGCAAUCAAGCUCCAAUUUGCGACCAUAAAAAUGAUAAUCAGUGAACAGUGAAGAACGCGUUCAAACACCGGGGGUAAUUAUGCUUCCCUGGGUGGUUUGGGGGAGCACACCGUGUUUUGUCCAGCGGUAUGCGAAGAUUUACGUAAGGUGUCGUGAGUGUUGAAACGAAUCAAAAUGAAUAACUGGGAGACGCCGGAUUGAACAUCCGGAACCGGAGUGAGAAAGUAUAAAAUCAAAGUUGUUUGUGAUAUCUGAAGAAAUAUCAUUGGUGAAAAUGUCGUUCUCGUCGAACGAUACAAUGCGACCGCUGGCCAUGCAGCGGUCCCAAUCGCUGCCUCAAAUUCACUCCAGAGAGGAUUCGGGAGUGGGGCUAAGCGGAAGUGGGUCCUGCAGUGGAAUCAACAAUAUGGGAUACGAAUCCUCAGGGAAUCACCGGUCCCAUAAGCACCAUCGGCACUAUCGGAAUGGCAAUGAGCUGAAGAUUCCCUACGGUGCCCGUUUGGUGGCCGACCUGAGACAGUUGAUGACCCUGAGGCAGCAUUACUACCCGGAGGGAGGCUGGGGCUGGCUGCUGACGGUGAUCGGUUUUACGAUUCACUGCAUCUGCCAUGGGCUGCAUCUCUCGGCAGGGGUGUUCAUGAUGGAGAUGGCCAACGUGUUUCGUCAGCAACCAACGGGUGCAGGUUGGCUAGGGGCCCUCUCCACAGCGAUAGCCCUUUUCAUUUCGCCCAUCACGAUAGCGGUGUGCAAACGGAAGUCCACUCGCCUGACGGCGGUCAUCGGGGGACUGGUAACCGCGUUGGGUUGUCUCUUCACCUCAUUCGCUUCGCAGUUCCAUCAGCUAUUCUUCAGUUAUGGUGCCGUUGUUGGGGUUGGAGUCGGUAUGACGCGAGACUGUUCCACGCUCAUGGUGGCCCAAUAUUUCAAAAGGCGGCGGGAGUUUGUGGAAAUAUUCAUCGUUUCCGGAAGCGGCUUGGGAAUAGCUGUUAUGUCAACGUUCAUCAAAACCGCAAUCGACGCCAUUGGAUGGCGAUUAGGGUUACAGGCGGUCACUGGGACCGUGUUCAUAACGUUCAUCUUGGGAACGUGCUACAGAAGUGCGUCUCUAUAUCAUCCUCAACGAAGAGCAAUUCUACAUCUCAAAAAUCAGAAACGAAAAAUCAAAGACAAGAAUAAACACGACGAUCGACCACCGUUUUUCGAUUUUAGCACACUACGUAGUAAAACCGUAAGAAUACUUCUGGUUUCCACUGGGAUAAGUGCUUUCGGAAUUAAUACUCCGAUCUUCUACCUCGCUCACCAAGUCGAGCAAGAUGGUAUCAGCGAUAAAGUGAUGAUACUCCAGGCAUAUCUGGGGUUAGCGUGGACGUUGGGCUGCGCAGCGUUCGGGAUGCUAGUCGUUAGAAAUAGUGUGGAAUGCCGCAUAGCGCGACAAUAUUUGUGCCAAACUGCCACCUUCAUGUGCGGGCUAUGCAUCCUGGCGUUGACAGCGGUGCACGGAAACUAUCACGGAUAUGUGAUGUUUGUGUGGAUAUAUGGCAUCUUCUGUGGUGGAUAUCACUACGCGUUGAAGAUGUAUACAUACGAGAAGGUGCGAGCGAGAAACUUUGCACGAGCUUGGGGCUUUGUGCAGUUUUCUCAGUCCAUACCGAUUGCACUGGGUGUGCCGCUGUCCGGAUAUAUGAACAUUGGAGGAUCUGGGAAAGCUGGCUAUUACUUCAGUUCGGCUUGUGCCCUAAUUGGCAGCUUGCUGAUGUUCCUCAUCGAUCUGCACCGAAGGAAUGUCUCUAGACAUAAGCAUACUAGGGCAAACGGAACUCGACAACUCUGCGUAUCGGAAACAUGCCCUCAGCGAAGGAAACUCUCAUUCUCCCAGGAACCAGACAACGAACCGGGCAUCAUAACUGGAAAUACAGCAAUGAUGAUAGGUCCGGAGUUGCUAAUUCCACAGCUCAGCGACGGGAUUGCCGAGCCAGUUAACGGCUUGGACAAACCGGAAUUGACGUGUAUCUCCGAAGAAGGCAUCGCCGACAUGGACCUUCCCGAUAAUCUAUUGGACGACCUUGACUACGUUGGAGACUGUAUCACAUCGUGUAAUAAGGUCGAAAAUUACUUAAUGCUGAGUGAAUUCGAAAACAAUUUAAGUGCCGAAGUUCCUAUUCUGCUGGACAAACGAGGUCGAAAACUGUCAUUGUCCAAAACGAAAGCGCUGCUUUCCAGCCAAAUACAUUUUCAGCAUCACCCCGAUUGUGCCAUGGAACAGCACGGCAAUAUUGGUCUCGGUCCAAUUUCGCCAAUCAUUGAAAAUGAAGAUACCUCGGAUAGGGAAAAACAAGACCAUCCCCACCAUCAUCAUCAUCAAAAUCAAUUACCGGACGGCGGAGGCCAUGGAAAAAUCUCAAUGAAAAGCGAUACUAACAGUAACGGCGGAAAACACUGCCGGCUGAGUCAUAAAUGGCGUCCCACGCAGCAAUCAGGGGCGUUUCUUAGCAACCGAGUUAUAUCUGUGAUCGACGAGGCAUCCGUGUAGAGAGCAAGGGUUACGAGGUGUGUCACGAUUUUUCAUUAGGCUUCAUUUGUUAAUUCGUUUGUUAAAAGAAUGUUUCGAUAGGACUUAAUUUAUUCAAUAAAUUUUAACAAAAAAAAAUCUGGGACUGAAUAGGUUUAAAUCGUACCUGAUGUGAUUGAAAUUAGGAAAAGGCAUUUUCUAACGCAUGUGACAGAGAUUAUAGAAAGUUAAUACCAAUACGCUUAGCUGAAUAUACUAGAUGAAAACACAGAAUGUUUCGUAGUGAUCUAUCUUAACCCUUGCUCGUCUAUUUAUGCGCUGUAGGAUAAGUACGAAGUCGAUCAUUUACAAAUGAACAACUACCUACCAAAUUUAAACUAUCACUGCCUAAAAUAUUACAAAAAAAGAUAGUCAUUUAUUGCACCUAAUGACGAGCCUCAAUAUAACUAUUAUUAUCUAUUCCUAAAUUUCUACAGAAAAUAAUGUCAAUGAAAUCUUAAAACAAAAUACUUUCAAAAAUUUCUAAAUAAUUGAAAGAAGACAAGACAAAGAGAAAGCAUGUAACUUACAUUUGAAGUUUUAUCAUUGUUCUGAAAAAAUAUUUGAAGCCAAAUUAUAAUCUGUAAAACAAUGAUAAAACCUUACAAGUUACAUGCAAUCCAAAGUGGCAGCAUUACAAUGGAUGCCAAGCUUUACAAUUGAAAAGCAGUUGAAGUUUUCUGUUAUCUGCAGAGUACAAUGUGUAAAUUACUGUACAUUAUGAAGUAGAGAGUAGUAAAAAAAAUCCACAAUGAAACAAUAAAUUUCACCUAUACAAGUAUAAUAUUUUGUUGGAAUAACAGGAUAAUUAAAAUCCUUGAAAAUAUAAGACACAUAAAUAUGUACUUCAGAUAAACAUAUUUAUAAAUAUUUAUUAAUAUACAAUAUAUAAUCUAAAUUGUAUAUUUCAUAAAUAAUUAGCAAGAAAAACAAUAAAGUAGACCAGUGUUCAGACAAAACAUGAAUCAAAA